AUGAUGAUGAAAAUAUUUGCUUUUGCUCUCAUUUUAUCUUCAGUCUAUUGCAUAGACUUAUGUACAGAAUUUACUACUUUUUAAAAAUGUAUAUCAACAAAAGUAGAUCAAUGUAAGAAUUUAUUCAUUAUUAAGGUCGUUGGAUGCCUAUGUUUGGAGAAUGCAUAAAAUCUGAUAAUUACUUGAUGGGAUGUGAUGUAACUUUAAGUGAAAAGUUAUGUGUAAAGUAAAUUGGUACAGUCUUAGGAGAUUUGGCAUAAUGUAUAUUUGAUGAGACUUGUCAUGUGAUUUAAAAUAUGGAUUCUGUGUAAUGUAGUGAUAAAAUUACUCAUUCUGGAUGUUUGUAAAUUACCAAUUAACAUUGUAAAUGGGAAAAUCAUAAAUGCUAAGAAUUAAACAACCAAGAUUAUGAUACAUUAUAAACUAACUUUAUGGAUAAAGAACUAAGUAUUUCAGUUUGCCCUUUAAUUACAGGUAUUUAAUAAAGUAUUAUUAGAAUAGGAUAUUUGAUUAUGCAUCAUAGUGUCCUUUGGCCUUUAGUUGAUUAUUAGCCAGACAUGAUUGAAGAAUCAGAUAAUUUGAUUUUAGAAGAUGAAGGACAAUAUGUAGAAGAGACUCCUUCUUAUUCAACAACAGACACAUUGUAAAAUAAUUAUAUAGACUCAUCUGGGAAGUUUGUAUGGUAUGAAUAUAAAGUGAGUAAAGUGAGCAGUGCUUCAAAUUGUAUUAAUUAUACCUUAUUAUUUAGUGAAAAUAAAUGAUCAAACUAGAUAUGGAUGUAUAGCUGUAGAGAUUUUAUCAGAUAGUGACUAUUUAACAAUAUUCAGUUUAAGAGGUACUACAAAUGGAGUUAAUCAUGUUUAUUGUAAGUAUUUGACAAAACAUCCAACUGAUCCUCAACUCAGUAUUUUUCAUGAUAAUAAAUGUAUAACAAUGACAUAAGAAUAAUUAAGAGAUGAAAAUUUUAUUUAAACAAAUAAUAUUACUUGUUAGUAAAUGAGUGGAUAUAUUUGUCAAAGAUUAAGAGUUGACACUCUCAAAUGUAUGAUUUAUGGAGAUACGGAAUAUGAUUGCAUUUAAUUUGAUGAAAAUAAAUAUGAACCAAAUACAGAGUGUUAAUAAAGAUAAAGUACUGCAACUUAUUAUUAAUGUUUGGAAAAUGAUUUUUGUUAUCUUAAUAUUUAAAGUGCAAUUGGAUUUUGUGAUAAUACUUGUUAUUAAUUUCGAACUGAUUAAGCUAGUUGUAUUGCUAAUGCAUAAUGUUAAUGGAGUGGUGAAAAUACAACAGUACCAUCUGAUUCUCUUUUGAUACAUUGUUUACCUUAUAAUGGUUGUAGUACAUAUGGAUUAAGUUAACAAUAUUGUAUUCGUAUGGCUUCACAAUGUUAUUGGAAUGCUAAUAAAAAUAGAUGUGAAGAUAGUAUUAAUGUUGCAUUAAUAUAAUGUGAAGAUGCAAACACUUUAUUUACAUGUACAACUAUAACAAGAUAGGAUUAGUAUUGUAUUUGGUAUAAUGAUGCAUGUAUAAAUCUUAAAAAAUAACCAUUAUUUUCAUAUUUCAAAUCACUUCCUUAAAAUAUUAUGAUGAAUCGAAUAACAUGUGUAUCAAUGGAAUCAGAAUAUUACUAUUAUGUACCAUCAACAAAAUUAUGUCUAUAAACAAAAUAAAUUACUAUGAAAUGUUUAGAUAAGACACUUGAAAGUUACAAAGAAGAUCAAUUAAAAUAUGAUCUACCUUGUACAAAUCCAGAUGCAUAACAUAUUACUAAAUUCUUUUGUCUUAAUUUCUUAAGUUCAUAUACAAAAUGGGAUUAAUACAAUUAAAAAUGUUUAAAUUUAGCAGAAGAACAAUUAAAAAAACCAUGUGAUUCAUUUAAACUUGUUAAUCCUCGAGUUUGUAGUCAAUCUAUUUAUGCAGAUACUCAUUAUUGUUUUUAUGAUGAAAAAACAUAAAAUUGUUACACUAAGGAAAAGGAGGGACACAUUUUAAAAUGUUCAGAUAGAGGAUUAGAUAAAUCAUAAUGUACAAAAAUAACAACUUAAGGAUAAUUUUGUUAAUGGAGUUAUGGAAAAUGCAGAACUUUAAUUUAUAGAUAGAUUUUACCAUAUAAAUGUAAUUCUUUAUUAAAUGUAAAUGGAAAUUCAUGUGCUUAUUUUACAAGUCCUGGUAGUUGUCUUUAUGAUCCUGAUUAUGCUAGUUGUGCAGUUGGUUAUGGUCCAGAAAAUAGUUGUAAUGUAAAUUUAAAUCCUGAUGGUUGUGAAUAAUCAAGUGCUUCUUGUUAUUAUGAUUAUGUAAGAUAUAAAUGUUUAGAUACAACUCCAGAAAUUUUAGAUUAAAUAAAAUGUGAAGGAUCUAAAUUAUCAUUAAAUGCUUGUAAGUAAGUAACAACUCCAGGAUAACCAUGUGUUUGGGAUAAUACAUGUAAAUUUUAUCCAAAAUAAUAUACUGUAACAUGUACAACAUUUACAAAUGCAAAUACAUAAGUUUGUAAAUAUUUAUAGAGUGAAUUUGUUAAUUAUUUUUUGGAUGGUACUUAUUGUGAAUUGAUAAAUAAUGUAUGUACAGCAACUCGUGAGAUAAUUAAUGGUUGUGGUUCAGAUAGAGAAAUAAAUGUUCAUAGAUGUGUAGCAUAUACAUCCUCAAAUUGUUAUUAUGAUUAGAAAUAUAAAUGUACAUAAGUUUAAGAUGAUGAUUACAAAAAUGUAUUAUUGAAUACAUUAAAUUGUACAUAAACAAAUUUAAAUUUAUGUGGUAAAAUAAAAACAAAAGGAUAAACUUGUUGGGUAGUUGAUAACAAUUCCAAUCUUAAAUGUUCAUAUUAUUCAUCCAGUAAAACUUAUACUUGUUCAGAAAUGAGUUUAUUCAAUACUUCAGAUAACAUAAUAACAGGAUCAGAUGGAAAAAGAUAAUGGUUUAAUAGAAAUAUGUGUUAUUUGGCAACUGAUAGUUGUUACUUUGAUAUAGACUAAAGUAAAUGUUUAUAAGAUUUAAAUCUAUAAUUGAAUUGUGAUCAUCCAGGUUUAAGCAAAGUUUUCUGUCUAACUUAAACUGUGGGUGGUUGCUAUUUCAAUAAUAGAACUUGUGAGUAUAUAGAUUUUAAUGAUUUAUCAAUUGCUUGUGAAUUAAGAAAUAGAUAAGGAUGCUUAAUGGGAGGAUAAAAAUGUUAAUGGAUUAAUAAUAAAUGUUCUGUAGUUUAUGAUCCUACUUUAGCAUGUCCAAAUAUAUAUGAGGAUUAAUUUUCAUGGAUGAAUUGUGGUAUCUCUUAAUUAAUCUAAUGUUGGGCAUAUUUAGAUGAAUGUUUAAAUGGUGAUAUACUUGAUUUACCUUGUGAAGCUGGUUUAUCAUAAGGUACUUGUCUAUCUUUAGAUCAUUAUUGCAUUUGGUAAAAUAGUCGUUGUUAAGGAUUUAAUCCAAAAAUACAUACUUGCUAAAAUGCUAACACUUUGUAUGAUUGUAUGUAAAAUUAUAAUAAGAAUGAAUAUUGUGCUUAUGUGGAUAAAAUAUGUUUUAAUGUUGAUCCAUAAUUUAAUACUUGUGAUCAAUUUAAUUAAGUAUCAUUAGCAUAUUGUUAAGAAUUUCCAAAUUGUGUAUAUGAUACAAAGAAUUCAAAAUGUAUAAAUUUACAAGUAGAGUAAUUUUAUGAAUCAAAAUAAUUGGAUGUAAAAAAUAAUUCAGGAGUAUCUUGUUAUGAUUUAGAUAAUAUGCAUUGUAUAUUUCAAAAAUCAGCUAAUUGUGAAUAUUAUGGUAGUUAUUGUAAUGAAGUCUAUUGGUUAGAUUUUGAGAGUUGUCCUAAUUAUGAAGUUUAUGAUUAAUAUUACAGUUUAUUAUCUGAAUAUACUUGUAAACAAUUUGAGAAUUGUGAAUUUUUUGGAUCUAAAGAUGCUCAAGUUGGUCUUUGCUAUAAAACAGGAGAACCUAUAACUUGUUAAUAAUUAAAUUAAACAUUUUGUACAGUAGAAUUUCCUAAUUUGAGAUGUAUGUGGAAUUUAGAUGAAUAUAAAUGUUAAGAUGUAGAAGAAGAUAUUAAUUGUGAUACUAUUUAUAAAAUGAAUGUUUCUAGAGAAUCUUGUAGAUUGGCUAAUUUUAAUAGUGAAGAUAAAAGUUGUUAUUUUUAUAGUGAUGAAUCCUUAUGUAAGCCAAUGUACACAUAUACUGAUUUAACAUGUUAAGAUGUAGAAAACAAUUAUAGUUCUGAUGAAAUAUCUAAACAUAUACAUUGUGUCUUUACUAAAUCUAAUUGUUAUAUUAUUCAUAUUAAUGUUGAAUAAUAUUAAUGUUCAAGUACUGCAGAUUAGAAUAAUUUGAGUGUGAUGAACAUAAAAUUAUGUACUGCUUAAAUUAAUGAUACAUAUAUGUUUAAUAUGUAAAAAUACACUUGUGAUCUGAUUACUUCAGAUACUGAAUUACUUAAUUGUCGUUUUCUAAAUUAUGAUGCUUGUAUUAAAUUAACAAAUAAAUAUGCUUCAUUCAAAUGUGUUUGGGAUGAAUCUGAAUGUAGAGACAUGGUAAAAUCAGAUUAAGAAACUAUUGAAUGUUAAUAUCGUAAUAUAAAUACAUGUUUUAUAAGCAAUACAAUAUAAUGUAUUUACAAGGAUAAUCUAUGUUAAGCUUAUGUUCAUGAAGAUAAUAUUUGUGAUUAUUCAAUAACAACACUUGUAUCACCUAUGGUUUGUUAAACAAAUGGUUGUUUAUCUGAUGGAUAACAUUGUUUUACAAUUAUUAACGAACCUGAUUCAUAUUAUAAGUGUAAUUAUAUGGGUUUGACUGAAGAUUAAUGUAUAAAUAAAACAUCUUAUAUUAAAUGUUAUUGGAAUGGAUAAUAUUGUGAUAAUGCUAAUUUAAAUACUAUUAGAUGUGAUGAUAAUGUAAGUUAAUAGACUUGUACAUCUAUAAAGACUCCAGGUUAAUAUUGUAAAUGGAUAGAUACAGGUUGUAUCAGUUUGGAAACUGAAUAAGAUUGUAGUACAUAUGAUAAUUCAUUUUAUGGAUGUAUCUAAUAAGAAACUAAGAGUUGUUAUUAUGAUUUUAGAUAUAAUUAAUGCAAAGAUGCUGCUUAAAUAUAUGAAGCCUGUUAUGAAGGAUUAAGUAAAAAGGCAUGUAAAGAAAUUUCAAAUGAAGUUUGUAUCAUGCUUUAAGGAUAAUGUUCAAGAAUGACUACCACUUAUUAUACUUGUAGAGCUAUUUAUAAUAAAUUUGGUUGUUAUUAUAUAGAUUUAAGUUGUAUAUGGGAUGAUGAUUUAGGUUGUCAACCAUUCACAGAUAAAUUACCAUGUAAUGAAUUACCCAAAGGAUCUAAUAGAUAUACAUGUAAAAAUAAUGCAAUUCCUUUAAGUGGAGAUGAAUAUUGUGAAUCAUGUAAUUGUUCAUUUGAUGAUGCUACUCUCUCUUGUACUUAUAGAUUAUCUGGAAUAUCUAUUAAAAACUUUGAAUUAAUUGAUUAAUCAAAUUAUACUUAGAUUAGAUUAACAUAAUUUUGUGUAGAAAUGAAAGAUUAUCAUGAUUGUAUUGGAAAUUUAAUUGAUUCUUGUAAAUGGGUUAAUGGAUAAUGUAUCAAUUCAGAUUAUAAGGGUUGUGAAUAAUAGAGUAUUAAAGCAUGUUUAGCUAUAGAAGAUGAAUUGUGUUCUUGGAGAGAUUAUUCUUGUGUACCUUGGAAUAAAAAUAAAUUUGAAAUAGCAUUAGUUACUAAGAAUGUUUGUAAAUAAUUAGAUUAAUCUUUGAAUUCCAAAUAUGAUGAAAUUAAAUAAUCUUGUAUUCCUACUAAUUUUGAUUUGGAUGAUUGUAACAUUGUAAGUGUAUCAAAAAUUACUUGUCUUUCUAUUCUCAAUCAUCCUUGUAUAUAUUAAGAUGAAAUAUGUAAAUUUUAUUCAUCUAACAAAUAACUUUCAAAAUGUACAGAUUAUUAAAAUAUAAAUUAUUUAAUCUGUUAAUCAUUGUCUCAUUUAAUAUGUAAAUUUAAACCUGAUACAUUUUAAUGUGUUAAUAUAGAUAAAACAGAUGGUUGUUUAACAUUAGGAUUAUCUCAAAAAGGUUGUGCAUCCAUUACAACUGAAGCAUGUUAUUGGAAUGGUUCUUCAUGUUAACAAUUUUAACCUAUUAAUAAUAUUAAUUAAUGUGAUUCCAAGACUAUUAUGAAUAGUUUAGCUUGUAGUUAAGUUGCUUAUUUAGAUCGUCCUUGUUCAUUUGAUUCCUUUAAAUAAGUUUGUACAAAUAAAUUUAAUAGACAAAGUAAAUGUGACACUCCAGGAUUGAAUAAAAGUGCUUGUUUAUAAUUAGAAAAUGAAGCAUGUUAAUAUAUAAAUAAUAGAUGUUAAAAGUUUGUCAAUGGAAAUUAUAAAUGUUAUCAACUUUAAUAGGUUAAUAGUAAAGUAUGUCAAAUUUUAGAAACUGAUACCUGUGCUUAUGAUAUCACAACUCAUUCUUGUUAUUCAAUACUUAACUUUCUAUCUUGUAGUUCACUUGGUGUCAAUUUAAAUUCUUGUUCAAUUUUGGAUAAUUGUAUAUGGAAUAAUGAUGAUAAGAAAUGUCAAUGUAAUUAAAUUGCAGUUAAAGAUAUCUGUUAUUCAAAAACUAAAGAUACAUGCAUUAAAAAUUCAAAUGAUUGUCAUUACUCUGGAGGAUAAUGUUAUAAGAAGAAAUGUUCAGAUCUAUAAAUUGGUGAAUGUUAAGGUAUUGUAAAUAAUGAAACAUGUUAUAUUAACUAAGAUUAUUAAUGUUAAGGGGCUAAAUAAUGUGAAGAUAUUGUUUAUCUAUCUUAAAAUUAAAAUUGCAAUCAAUUCAAUUUCAAUGGUAGUGUUUGUAUUAGUAUUAAUAAUUAUUGUAUAAGUGCCACAAAUCUAAAUGAAUUAUGUAUAAAUAGUGAUUGUUCUAUUAAUUCUUGUAUCUUAGAUUAAGGAAUUUGUAGACCAUUAAGUUGUCAAGAUUUUAAUGAAGAUGAUUGUUUUUUAAAUUAAGGUUGUGCUUUAAUUGAUAAUGUAUGUGUAGAAGUUGAAAGUUGUAAUCAAAUUACUGAUCCUUCUAUUUGUAGAAUGGUUAUAAUUGAUAAUAAAUAAUGUAGUUGGGAAGAAUAUAGAAUCUUAGAUGAAACUAAAAUAUGUACAAAUUCUUAAUGUGAAUUAUAUGGACCUGCAUAUACUAUAUGUAAUGGUAAUGAAAUUAAUGGUAAAACAUGUGUAUUAGUUGAUUUGAUUAAAUGUAAAAUGUGUGAAGAAAUCACAGAUGUAUGCAUUUGUAAUAAUUCUAACAAUGCUUGUACUUUUGUUAAUGGCAAAUGUUAAUCUAUAUCUUGUGCUUCAUUUGAUAAUGAAUAAUUAUGUUCAGAUUCUAAAAGAUGUUAUUGGAGUCAAUAAGACAAAGUUUGCAGAAAAAUGUGUGUUCAAAAUAUAAGGUAAGAUUAAUGUGAAGCAUUAAUUUAUGAAUGUCAUUGGAAUCCAUAUAUGAAAUUAUGUGAACAAGGUGUUGAAAUCAUUCCUGAUAUCAGUAUAGAUAUUGAUAUUGAUGAACAAUUUGGACAUUUAAUAUUAUUGAAUCUGAUUGUUAUUUUAUCUAUUUGA